AUGGAAUAUUUACCCAGUCUCCAGCAGGAGUUCGAUGAGCUCAAGCCUUCUCUAUUCGAACUACUCGCCGAACAGCAGCUCUCGGAUCUCCUCCCUCCCUCCAUUCGAUACAUCCUCGCCGUCGCGACUCACCGUCAUCCUCGGUACUUGCUGAGGAUUCUUAAUUCGUACGAUGAAAUCUACGCCCUCCUCUCGCUCGUGGUAGAACGCUACUACCUGCGCACCUUCGGCGGCUCUUUCACCGAGAACUUCUACUCUCUGAAACGCGAACGAGUCCUCCUGACCAAGAAUGGCGAGGUUCCGCGCGCCCAACUGGGCGCUGCCGGUCCUGUCCGGGAAACCCUGAAGUUGCGUUCGUCCGACGUCUGGAAGAACCUCUUCAUCAUGAUCGGAAUCCCCUACUUGAAACGCAAGCUAGACGAGGGCUACGACGUGCACGCCGCGCCGCAAGCAUCCUUGAUCAUGAGCGGCGGUCCCCGAUACAACCCCAGCGAUGACCUACCUUCCAGCCCAACAAUACGUCAACGGCUUCUACACCUAUACAAAUGGUUCCUCCGGAACGUCUACCCCUCCGUCAACGCCGCGUACUACUUCUCCGUCCUCGCCUUCAACCUGGCCUACCUCUUCGACAACACCAAAUACUCCUCCCCGUUCCUCUGGCUCAUUGGCACUCGAAUCCGCCGCCUCGGCGCCGCCGACCACAGAGCCAUCGCUUCCGUCCUGGAACCGCCUAAACCGGCACCCGGGCCAGCCGGCGGCGCAGGCGCUCGCUCUCGCCCCGGCUCGGGACUCCUGGGCAUGCUGAGCCCGCAAAACCUCUACCCGCAACUCCUCACGUCUCUCCGCUACUUCCUCCCCGCGUCGAUCUUCGCCCUUAAGUUCCUCGAAUGGUGGCACGCCAGCGACUUCUCGCGACAACUCGCCCGCAAGGCCACCGAGGUGCUGGAUCUCCCGGCGCCCGUCUCCAACGGAAUGAUAUCCCCCUCGGAGAAGCGGAAAGCGCUCGAAGAGAAGAACAAGGAGAAAGAGAAGAGGAAACAACAGCAGCAGGACCCGGAAUCCCCUAAGUCCGCCCUCAAGUCAUCCCGUCGACGCACUCAGCCCCCUGUCUCUGCGACUUCGUAUCUCCCCAUCUUCACGGUUCCUCUUCCGCCCGCGGACUCGGACGUUGCGUCCAUGUGCGCGGUGUGUUUGAAUCCGCUGGCCAAUCCGACGGCCUGUCAGACGGGGUACGUGUAUUGUUACGUGUGUAUCUUCCACUGGGUGAACGGCGAGCAUCAGCGACAGAUUGAUUUCAUGAACGGGGACGGAGCAGGCGCUGCGUGGGAAGACGAUGCGGUCGAGGGGGAGGACGCCGAGAAACAAGCCGACGGGAAACCGGGCCAGAGUCGCCAGGGGAAAUGGGAGAGCGGGAAGGGGAGAUGUCCGGUGACGGGGAGAAGAGUGUUAUGUGGAACGGAGGGGUUGAGACGUGUUUUGAUCUAG